CAAAGGUUGACGACUCCUCAACAUGAUGCUGCAGGCAGUUUUACUCGCCAGUCUGGCGACGGUUGCUCUUGCUUCUAUCUGCUGUGCUCCUCAGCAGUGGGAAGGGUUUAAAGCUAUUACCACAUUCGAUCCCUCGGGGGUAGAGCGGUACCUGCAAAGCUAUUCCUAUGACGCCAUCAACCAAAGGUACGCCAUCAGCGGCAACUACACUUCUUUUGUCAGCUCCUACAAGGAAAUCUGGGACUACGGUAAGGGGACUGGCUUCCGCAUCAACACUGAGAAGCAAACUUGUGAGGCAUUCGCUGUGACGGGGACAUUCCCUGCCAACUGCAUUCCGAGCGACGCUGUUGAGCUGGGUCCGGCUGACUACGGCUAUGGCACGGACAGCAUAUCUACCAUAGCAUACCAAUUCAGUGACACGAGAGAUGAGUCUAAGAACACCAUUGCCCUUGUCAGCUCCGGGAACUGCGUGCCUGUUACAAGUACAACCAUGGUCCUGCGUCCCGGAAACAACUCUUUGCAUAUCCUGUGCUUCAACAACAUAUUCCCUGGCAUCAGGGACCUCUCUAUCUUCGAUCCCCCAGCCUACUGUAGAAAGAGUGCCUAGAAUGAUGUCAUCAACAAGAUCCUGGUUGUUGAGUUUUACGUUUCUGG